AAUCUCAUUUUCCUUCAGAUAAAGAUCGUAAGGACAAGAAUGUUCACAUACUGAGUGAAUCAGAAAUCAAAAGUGGUUGGAUGUUUGUAAUAUCAAACGGUAUACCAGUUAUCUCGCGAGAUAUGUCUCGGUACAUGGCGCUGCUGGGCUACAAAGUGAACGCCAACGUGCUGUGGCAGUGCGGAGGAUCGGUGAUCACAGAGAAGCACGUCCUCACGGCUGCACACUGCAUCUCCACUUCUCUGCAUGUGGUGCGGGUCGGUGAGCUCGACUUGGCUUUAGAGGAGAAAGACGCGCAACCCAUAGACUUUUACAUCAAGAAGAAAAUACCCCAUGAGCUGUACUCUAAAUUCCAAAAUGACAUAGCCAUAGUUGUGUUGGAUGGAAGCAUUAAAUUCAAGGAAGAACAUCAUGUUGGCCCCAUAUGCCUGCCGUUUGACAAUAAAAUGAAGGUGUUGCCAAAGUAUAAUUAUUAUAAUUAUAAGGGUACAUUUGUGACUGGCUGGGGCGAGGCACCGGAAAAACGUGAGAGACCUACAUACCUGGCAUAUGCACAUGUGAAUAUUUUUCCUACUGCCAAAUGCAAGAGACUGUACGAGAGCCCAACAAGAACGAUAGACGGCCGUGUCUUCUGCGCCGGCGACUCCGAAUUAGAACACGACUCGUGUAACGGGGACAGCGGAGGGCCGCUGGUUGCUGAAUAUAAGGUGGAAGAAUUCAACCGCACGUUCUACUACCAGCUCGGGGUCAUCUCCUAUGGGUACAGAUGUGGCGAGGGACCCUUCGUUGGUGUGCUCACCAAUGUCACCCACUUCAUGCCCUGGAUACGCCAGAAAGUGCUAGGGGAGAACUUGUAGCCGACUGCCGAUUUGACAUUCGAGGAACGCCAGUUCGCACCCCGGAUUAGCGGAAAUUUUUAAUACCUACUCUUUUUAAAAAAAUAAAAAAAAUCUACCACCCUUACAGGGUCAAUGUAUGAAUGCAUGUAUAUCUGUAUGUGCUGAAUAUGUUAUUGAAAAUGAAUAAAUAAAUAAAUAAAUAAA